AUGUCGAGGGACCCGGAGGAGGCUGUGCGGAGCCAUUUGCGGUCCACACGGUGCACGAAAGAGCAAGAGUACAUGGUGAUGAAGACGGCGUCGGUCAAGUCGGCGAGGACGAUGGCAAGUCAAGCGGUGCUCGUCCAGGCGAGCGGCGGCCCUGAAGCGCAGCAGGGAGCGGCGGCUCCGGCCCCGCGCAGCUCGGCGCGGUGGGGCAGGAGUGCGGCUCCGAGCGGCGCCUCCUCCCUCGCGCAAAUCGAGGCCGCGCAGGUCACUGGGGCGGCGGCGCGAGCAGCACCCAGAUCCGUCGCGUUACAGGCUGCUCGGCAGCUGGCGCAGCAGCGGCACGGGGCCGACACCAGCAGAGCGCAGGAGCCAGAGGCAGCGCACACGGCGCGCGUUCGUGCCAGCGGCGGCGAGGCGAACCGGCAAGAAGCCAGCGGCGGCGGCCAGGCGAGCGGUGCUCGCGGGGGCAGCACCAGCCGGCGGCAGCGCAGCAGACAGCUGCGGCCAGGGGCAGCAGGCCGCGACCCACGCGCGGCCCAGCAGCCAGCAGCUGGCAGGCCGGUGCGGCCCGGUUCCAGAGAACUCGCUUGCUUCCACUGCCGCCUUCUACGACUCGGCCGCUUCCACUGCCGCCUUCUACGACUCGGCCAAGUUCCAGAGAACUCGCUUGCUUCCACUGCCGCCUUCUUCGACUCAGCCGUACAUGCCUGGGCGCUGUGGCGCCGCGCGCCGGGGCUAGCGCCGGUGGCCGCCGCGGUGAGGCCAUGCGUGCUGAGCGUCGGCGGCCACGCGCCGAAGGUCCCCGCAGCUCGCGCCGGGGCCAGCGCCGGCGGUCGCCGCAGUGGGGCCAUGCGCGUCGAGCGUCAGCGGCCGCGCGCCGAAGAAUAUGUACCAAUUCAUGACCUGGGCUCGAAAGCCCAUCUGAGAUGGGCCUUCAGAUAUGUUCCCUUGUAG